GGAGAGUAAUCCCUCGCAACUCGACUUCUGGCUCGGAUGCGAAGUCUCUGCGCGCGGGGCUGGAGGCCAACGUGGCUGCGGGGUUAGGGUGAGAACCUAACCCAGCAAUUUAUAUCGGCUGCCCCGACGCUGUCGUUACCUCCAGCUGAAAUAACCAAACGCGCGGGAAAGCUAGAAAGCACAUGUAGGAAUCGACCUAGGGGUGCAAAUCGGGAAUGGAGAAAAAUCCUAUUCCUGAUGCAUGCUGUGUUCUUUCGAGCUGACUUCUUAAGGAAGAAGGUGCGCUCCGACGAUCCAUGCUGACAUCUCCCACUGAACUCACUGAAGAUUAGGUAAAGGGACCCCUGACCAUUAGGUCCAGUCAUGACUGACUCUGGAGUUGUGGCGCUCAUCUCGUUUACUGGCCGAGGGAGCCGGCGUACAGCUUCCGGGUCAUGUGGCCAGCAUGGCUAAGCCGCUUCUGGCAAACCAGAGCAGUGCACGGAAACGCCGUUUACCUUCCCCCCGGAGCGGUACCUAUUUAUCUACUUGCACUUUGAUGUGCUUUCGAACUGCUAGGUUGGCAGGAGCAGGGACCGAGCAACAGGAGCUCACCCCGUCGCGGGGAUUCGAACCUCCAACUGAUCGGCAAGUCCUAGGUUCUGUGGUUUAACCCAGAGCACCACCCAUGUCCCACCACUGAAGAUUACUUCUGCGUAAACUCGCCCAGCCCAGUGUUGCAACCCUAUGCACAUUUCAUGGGGGAGGGCGGGUAUUGGAGCAUUUAGCGAGGCUUGUUGUUUGUUCAGUUGUUUAGUCGUGUCCGACUCUUUGUGACCCCAUGGACCAGAGCACGCCAGGCACUCCUGUCUUCCACUGCCUCCCGCAGUUCGGUCAAACUCAUGCUGGUAGCUUCGAGAACACUGUCCAACCAUCUCGUCCUCUGUCGUCCCCUUCUCCUUGUGCCCUCCAUCUUUCCCAACAUCAGGGUCUUUUCCAGGAGUCUUGUCUUGUCAUCUCAUGAGGUGGCCAAAGUACUGGAGCCUCAGCUUCACGAUCUGUCCUUCCAGUGAGCACUCAGGGCUGAUUUCCUUCAGAAUGGAGAGGUUUGAUCUUCUUGCAGUCCAUGGGACUCUCAAGAGCCUCCUCCAGCACCAUAAUUCAAAAGCAUCAAUUCUUCGGCGAUCAGCCUUCUUUAUGGUCCAGCUCUCACUUCCAUACAUCACUACUGGGAAAACCAUAGCUUUAACUAUACGGACCUUUGUCGGCAAGGUGAUGUCUCUGCUUUUUAAGGAUUACUUCUGCGUAAACUUGCUCAGCGUUGCAACCCUAUGCGCAUUUCAUGGGGGAGGGCGGGUAUUGGAGCAUUUAGCGAGGCUUACUUCUGAGUAAGGGGCGCGGGUGGCGCUGUGGGUUAAAACACAGAGCCUAGGACUUGCCGAUCAGAAGGUUGACGGUUCGAAUCCCCACGAUGGGGUGAGCUCCCGUUGCUCGAUCCCUGCUCCUGCCAACCUAGCAGUUCAAAAGCACAUCAAACUGCAAGCAGAUAAAUAGGUACCACUCCGGUGGGAAGGUAAACGGCGUUUCCAUGCGCUGCUCUGGUUCGCCAGAAGCGGCUUAGUCAUGCUGGCCACAUGACCCAGAAGCUGUACGCCGGCUCCCUCGGCCAAUAAAGCGAGAUGAGCGCCGCAACCCCAGAGUUGGUCACGACUGCACCUAAUGGUCAGGAGUACCUUUACCUUUACUUCUGAGUAAAACAUGCAAAGAAUAUAAAGCUGCACGCACACUGACAAUUGCCUACUCGGACUGGCAGCAGAGGGAGAUUUUCCCUGCCCAGAUAUUUCAUUUUUUUGCUAGAAAAUGCCACAGAGAGUUCCAGAGGCAUAGCUCUCUUUGUUACCUCUGUUAACACCUUAGCCCAGGGACAGCUUGUAUGGCGUCCUCCAGAUGUUGAAAGAAAGUCAAGGGUGGGACAAGAAGGCCCAGCGGUGUAAGAGGAAGACACGUGAGUUCCUGUGCAAAUGAAAAGGGCGUCUGGUCAAGAGAAAAGUAGAUUCAAUCAGGGGGAAGGGGAGACACUCCCCACCCGGUAAUGGAAUCUGCAAAAGAGAGGUGGAAAUGCCUAAGCGGGAUAUCAAGACUCCCUUUGAAACCUAAUUGUUGAUUAAGGCAUCUUUCGAGUCUGUUACGUGAGUGACCGGGAGACUGAAAUGCCGCCCCACUAAGUGCCUCCCGGCGUGUUACCAUUUUUAAUGGCUGAUUUGUGAAGGUUUAUUCACAUAUGUAGAUAGAGCCUGUUUUGCUUAAUGUCAAUCAUAUCGGCAUAUCCUCUAAGACGCCAUAAAAAGUAACAGCAGAUCAACAGAAAUACAGCAUAACAUGAUGCUUGCAGUCUUAGCUGCAAGGGAAUAUAUACAACUUGCGCUUGUUUGUCCUUCCUCCCUCACAUUCCUUUUUCCUUUUGUGUUGUGUGGGCUGUUCGCUUUUUUAAAAAUUGUGAACUUGAGGGCAGGGACCACUUUAGCAGAAAAAGGCACGUGACAUGUUGCCAACGUGCAGUCCUAAAAUGCACUGUUGGCUUCCCCACACCGUGUCGGGUUUUGCAAAAUUAAAGAGAAAGCUCCACGUGCCUCCAGGCGCAGCUGCAAAAGAAGCAAGCCACAGAAUUAGGCUUGCUCCGAUUUUGCCAUCGUCCCACAGCAGACUAAACGCUCAUCAUUCUGCAUACCCGUUUGGCUGCAAACCCCACCCGCCGCGAUUUUGCAACAACGCGGAAAACGGCGUUAGUAGCAAAGAACUCCCUUUUCGGCUUUGACUUUCCGCUAAUCGGCGGAACUCCUCCUGCAGGACCAAGGAACGGGGGCGUGUCCGCGGGUGAGCAUUCCAAGAGCCGCUGAUUGGCUGCAAGUUGCCCCGCCCCGCAGUUUGUCCAUUCAAAACGCGUCCAGCUUGUUAGAAGGGCGGCAGCUUGUGAGUUUCGAAGCUGCCCGAGUUCUUGGCGGGGAAUUUGAUUUCGCUGCUCUCGGCUCUUCCCUUUCAAUGCUGGUGCCGUCUCUCGUGGCUUAGAGCCAAGCUGAGUCAACUUGCUCACCUCCGCCAGGUGAGGACUUUGCAAUUGGCUUUUUUUUUUCUUUGGAGGGGUGGCUUUUGGGCGAAGGGUGUGGUGGAAAUGUAGAAAGCAAACCUCCCACUAUCCGAAGGGCUCCAGAUUAAGUGUCGGAGAUGGUUUGCAGCCCAGCUUUAUUCCCGCCCAUGCGGGUGUAGAGAUAUUUUAUUUCUCAAAAUAAGAUGGUUACAUGAUGGUAGCUCUUACUACCCCUUUCCUCAGUGGUGGAGCUUUUGCUUUUUUGUACAGAAGCUCCCAAAUUUAACCUUUGGCAUUUCUAGGUUGACAAUACAGUGGUACCUCUGGUUAAGUACUUAAUUUGUUCCGGAGGUCUGUUCUUAAGCUGAAACUGUUCUUAACCUGAAGCACCACUUUAGCUAAUAGGGCCUCCUGCUUCCGCCGUGCCGCCGGAGCAGAGUUUCUAUUCUCAUCCUGAAGCAAAGUUCUUAACCUGAAGCACUAUUUCUGGGUUAGCGUAGUCUGUAACCUGAAGCGUAUGUAACCUGAGGUACCACUGUAUUGUGUUAGGAGGACCAAUGGCCUGACUAUGUACAGCUUCCUCCUGCACAGUGAAUAAUAGCACUUCAGAUAAUGUAUCAAGGCAGUCAUCAGAGGGUUUGUGUUCUAUCAACCUUGUAAAUAAGCCCAUAAACAUUACUAGUUUGGGCUGCUGGCAACUGGAGAUAUGUGAGGCGUAAACUGCUGUUCCCAAGUUUUUGGGAAGUCUUUUUUUUUUUUUUUUUGAGGGGGGAGGCAUGAUUUACACCAAGUGGCAGGGGUGAAACUAGACCAGUGUGGUGUAGUGGUUAAGAGCGGUGGACUGGUAAUCUGGUGAACCAGGUUCACGUCUCCGCUCCUCCACAUGCAGCUGCUGGGUGACCUUGGGCCAGUCACACUUCUCUGAAGUCUCUCAGCCUCACUCACCUCACAGAGUGUUUGUUGUGGGGGAGGGAGGGAAAGGAGAUUUUUAGCCGCUUUGAGACUCCUUCGGGUAGUGAUAAAGCGGGAUAUCAAAUCCAAACGCUUCUAGACUUUAUUUCACACGCGUCAAAGACUCGGUUUAGCGCACGCACACACACUAUGUGCAAUUGCAUAUACACACACAGGCUGUGAGCCUCAGUGGCACCCCUCUGGAAAUUUCACCUGAGCCAAAACAAAACCCGGCUAGCCACCCCACCUCCCUGCUACAGCUCUGCCAAGUGUUAAAAAUGUGUUUUAAAUGUGUGGAGGUGACCCAUGUUAGCUGCAGAGGAAGAGAAGCACAGUUCUCUGUAGGAAGUAUGUAGGGUUGCCAUAUUUCAAAAUAAAAAUCAGGACACCCUGAAAGUUGAGUGUUGUUUUUUUUAAGGAAACCUCCCAAAUUGUUCAGCUUUUUUUUAACAUUAAAACGCGAUUUCUUGGUUUGCUUGCCAAAGAUCCAGGACAAACUGCCACCUUCCAGAAAUCCCCCCUGGACAUCACUUCCAGGCAGACGUAUUGCGGCCCCCUAACAGUAUGAAACUGAUAGCUACUAGCCUCUUUAAAAGGCUGCUGUUCGUGUUGGUCUAUUAUUGCACCUACCUGCAAGUGCCGUUCAUGCCAAUUAUAGAACCCUAGAUUUGUAGAGUUGGAAGGGACCCCUCAUCGGUAUAUAGAUAUCUAUCGCUUAGUUGACAGAGAACCUCAAAGCAGUUUAUUGCAACAUGCCCUUUAUUAACUCACUCAUAAGGUGUUUCGUUUUGAUGUACCCUGUUUCAGAUUGAAGUGGCGCUGCAUGUCUGCCAAAGGUUCAGCCCAUGGGUGACGGGAACUCCAUGAAGCGGUGCCGGUGCGUAGCUACCUGCCCCAUCUGCCUCUGCUAUUUCACCAGCCCAGUGCUGCUAAACUGUGGGCACAGCUUCUGCCAAACAUGCAUCAGGAGGUGCUGGGAGCAGCCUGGCGCAAAUGCCAGGUGCCCUGAGUGCAGAAGGACUGUCGAGAGAACCUUCAGGCCCAACAGGUCUCUCUCGAACCUCGCUGAAAUACUCAAGGACUGGGAAGCUUCCGCCGAGAGAGAGGCUCGAGAACAACGGGACUCGGAAUGCCAGAGGCAUCGGCAGCCGUGGGACUUGUUCUGCGAGGACGACCAAGUCCCCUUCUGCGGGGAAUGUGCCAGUUCCCAAGAGCAUAGGGGCCACAGAGUGGUCUCCGCGGAAGAAGCCGCCCAGGUAUACAAGGUAAGAGUGGGCGGUGGAUGGGAAUGAUCCAGAGCAUCGUUCAGGAAGGGGCGGGCUUGAACCCUGAACUCUACCCGUAAAUCUAUUCAAUGUGCUGUAAGCGUAAAGGUAAAAGGCAAAGGGACCCCUGACCAUUAGGUCCAGUCGUGGCCGACUCUGGGGUUGCGGCGCUCAUCUCACUUUAUUGGCUGAGGGAGCCGGCGUACAGUUUCCAGGUCAUGUGGCCAGCAUAACUAAGCCGCUUCUGGCGAACCAGAGCAGCGCACGGAAACGCCAUUUACCUUCCUGCUGGAGCGGUACCUAUUUAUCUACUUGCACUUUGACGUGCUUUCGAACUGCUAGGUUGGCAGGAGCAGGGACUGAGCAUCGGGAGCUCACCCCGUCGUGGGGAUUCGAACCUCCAAGCUUCUUAUUGGCAAAUCCUAGGCUCUGUGGUUUAACCCAAAGCGCCAUCCGCUUCCCUGCUUGUAAGCGUACAAUGGGAUAAAGAUUCGGACUUGGAAGGCAUAGGAAUAACCUUCAGGGAGUGAGCCUCUGAUUCGGCUGCACUUCGAAUCAGGUGUGGGGAAUCUUUAGUCCUCCAGGGGUGGCUGAACUACAGCUUCCAUAAGCCCCAGCAAGCAUGGGCAAUGGGAGUUUGGUUCACCAACACUGUGACAGGCGAUGCGGUCCUCACAUCUGCUCCACCUGUCUUGUUUUGAUGGGUAUAUAAAGUAUACCAGUUGCACUGGCCAUGUUGUGCGGAUGACUGAUGAUUGUCUUCCAAAGCAACUACGCUAUUCCGAACUUAAAAAUGGAAAGCGUAAUGCUGGUGGUCAACAAAAGAGGUUUAAAGACUCUCAAGGCAAAGCUAAAAAAUAUAUAGUAUAAACACUGACAACUGGGAAACACUGGCCUGCGAGCGCUCCAGUUGGAGAACAGCCUUUACCAAAGGUGUCGUGGGCUUUGAAGACACUCAAACUCAGGAUGCAAGGGAGAAACGUGCUAAGAGGAAGGCACGCUUGGCAAACCCUCACCGUGUUCAACUCCCGCCCCAAUGUCCCCACUGUGGAAGGACAUGUGGGUCCAGAAUUGGCCUCCACAGUCACUUACGGACUCAUUGUUAAAACCGUGUUUAUGGAAGACAGUCUUACUCGGCUGCGGGUGAUCGCCAAAGAAAGAAGAAAGUAAACCUAAGAGGAAGAACACCCCCCCCAAAAAAAUCUGCUUCUUCUUUUGCAGGAACAGAUCAGCAGUUGCUUGCCGAUUUUGAGGACGGAGAGAGAAAGACUUCUGACUUUUAAAGCACAAACAGAAAUUGAAAGGCAACAGUUACUUGUAAGCAUCAGCAGGGCUGAGAAAUGAAUGAGACGUAGGAUCGGGCUUUUGGGGGGGCAACAAAUAUUAAAAGCAGAAGGGUCUGAAGCAGCUUUUCCUGAAGCAGGUUAUAUCUAGCAUAUGUAGGUCUACUUGUAUGUGGGUCAUCUAGUCUGGUUACAAUGCAGGAAUCUUUUCCCAAUGUGGGCUCGAACCCGUGACCCAGAGAUUAAGAGUCUCAUGUUCUACCAAACUGAGCUAUCCCUUGGUCAUUUAUUAUUUCACCCAUAUAAUUGCUUUGCAACCCAGCCGGAUGUGUGGGGCAUUAUUUUUAUUAUUAUUUUAUUAUUAUUAUCUUUGUGAUAUUAAUACUACUAAUAAUAAUUUUUAUUUAUACCCCGUCCUCCCCAGCCAAGGCCGGGCUCAGGGCGGCUAACAAGCAAUAAUAAAACAAGUUGAAUGAAUACAACUUAAAAACAACAUUAAAAUAUUGAAACCUCAUCGCAGGAGGAGAAAGGAAAAGAAAAAAGAAAGAAGGGGAGGGAAUCAAAUUGGCUCCAAGCCAAAGGCCAGGCGGAACAACUCUGUCUUACAGGCCCUGCGAAAAGAGAUCAGAUCCUGCAGGGCCCUGGUCUCAUGAGGCAGAGCGUUCCACCAGGCCGGAGCCAGAGUUGAAAAGGCCCUGGCUCUGGUUGAGGCUAAUCUAACUUCCUUAGGACCCGGGACCACUAGGGUGUUGCUAUUUAUGGACCUUGAGGCUCUCCGUGGGGCAUACCAGGAGAGGCGGUCCCGUAGGUAUUAUAAUAUAUAUCCUGCUUUUCCCGUAGGUAUUAUAAUAUAUAUCCUGCUUUUCCAAAACUUGGCAAGAUUCAGCUUGCCCCAUCAUUGGAAGCCCUGCACAAGGAUAUAGCUCACUUGUGUAAUGGGGCUUCCUCUUUCCUUUCAACCCCCUCCCCCACCCCGCAAAAAAAUGCCUCCCUGGUGUCAGGAGAACAGCACACACUGGGAAGAGCGAAGGGAUCAUUGCAGCUAGCAAGAUGGAAUGUUGGUAGUAAGGUAGCCUUAAUUCUACCCCUUGGGAUCUCAGAUGCUCUGGGACUACAGGUCCCAUUAUCCAUGACUGUGGGCCUUGUUGCUUGGGAAUGAUGGGAUCUGGAGUACAACACUCUUUGUGGAUCUAAGGUUGGGGAAGGCUGGCCUGGAGAUGCAAGUCAGCUCUGCUCCUCUGGAAAGGCCUGGUCUCCUGUAAGAAUGGCCCCUGUAUUCUCCAGCAAACUCCUUCCCUGCUAAAACCUGACGUGAUAUUUGGGGCAAUUCAGAAGAUACCUUCUCGUCCUCCCUCUUGACGCUGCAAAGACCGGCUGUAUUCCUAAAAAUGCCCUCCUUGGCUUCUCUCGCUUUGCCCCACCUGCUUGUUCUAGGAGCACAUAGAGGGAGAGAAGGGAAAGGCCAUAACCAAGUUCAGUCAACUGCACCAGUUCUUGGAGGAACAAGAGGACCUUCUGCUGGAGAAAAUGCAAGAGCUGGAGGAGGAGAUUGCAAGGAAAAGGGAGGAGCACCUGGACAGGCUCUCCAGGGACCUCAUACCCCUUGAAACUCUCAUCCUGGAGAUGGAAGCCAAGCUUCAGAGGCCAACCAGUGAAGUCCUGCAGGUGAGACUGGGAAACAAGCAAGCCAGACCCCUUUGCGGUGCAAGGCUGGCUCCAAAUCCUUGUGUAGGAAGUGAAAGGGGGCAGUUUAUAGAGCUGUAGCCAAGGCUGUAGCAGACCGGAGCAAGAAAAACAUGAGGGACAAUUUGUUCAUCGUAAUGCAGAGUAGAGACACCUGCUUCAAGUAGGAUGUUUUCUGCUCUUUGCUCAUGGUUGGUCGUCUAAUGGCUUCCAAUGGCUCAUUCCUGCCUCGCUUCUGAGCUUCCCAGAGGUUGCCAUUGACAAAGGGAGGCUACCCUGGGUGAAACUUUCCUGCUUCUUUUAAAGAGGUUGGUUUAUCUUCUGGGGCUGCAUAAUUUUAGUUGGGUGCUUAUACUUCAUCCUUCAGGGCAUGGGGUUGGGUGGGGAUUGUAGUCUGGUCUGGGGCAGGCACUGAGCUCCCUUUUUCUUUUUCUUUUUCUCUUUUCCUUGCAGAACAUUAGAAGCCUUUGGCAGAGGUAAGUGGAACCCAUGCAUAUCCUUCUAAACCCUUUUGUCUUUUUUUCUGGGAAUAAUCUGACCAGCAGGUUCUCAUAAGUCUCUUUGACCUCUAGGUUUUCACAGACAGAAAUGGGCCUUAAAGUUGAAACCUGCCCUACUUUCAUUCCCACAAUCAGUGUUCCUUCCCAUUCCUUACAGUAGAGACUCUCAACCUAUUUGGGUCCACAACUCCUUUGACCAACUACUGGGGGCCCAGUUAUGUCACCCCCUUGCCUGCAGAGCUGGCAGCCCCUCACCCCUUUUCGAACCCUCCCUUCUGGAGCGUUCCCUCAUCCUCCUCUCCCCUCUCCUUGGGAGCCCUCUGGGCAGCCACUACUGCCGCCCCUUGGUCUCUGAGCUGCCCUCCCUGCCCCAAAGAGAGGUGCCUCCUCACACUGCCCCACAGGGGCCGGGGUGUUAGGCUAUAGUUCCAUUCCACCUUUAGAACAGAUGUGUGGGUUGUUGUACAGUGGUACCUCAGGUUACAUAAGCUUAAGGUUACAUACGCUUCAGGUUACAGACUCCGCUAACCCAGAAAUAGUGCUUCAGGUUAAGAACUUUGCUUCAGGAUGAGAACAGAAAUCAGGCUCCGGCAGCACGGCAGCAGCAGGAGGCUCCAUUAGCUAAAGUGGUGCUUCAGGGUAAGAACAGUUUCAGGUUAAGUACGGACCUCUGGAACGAAUUAAGUACUUAACAUGAGGUACCACUGUAUGUCACAUGUCUGUUUACUUCCAGCACAGUCUGCUGGGAACUUCCGUUGUAUAUUGCUUUUGCUAUACUGCUGUUUGCUUGGACACAAAAGGAAGCAGACAUGUUUUUCCUUUGUUCCUGAUGCUGUAAAAAUGCUUACAUAGGCCUCUGUCCGCCUCUUCCGUUGCAGAGAGUUCUUAUCUUUGCCGGCUUGCGUGCUUAAGCUUCUGAAGGCUUCUGAGGCUUGAGUCACAGUUUUUGAUGCUGUUCACCCGGCUGCCGGCCGGUGGCUGGAGCCAGCUGGGGGCUGCCGAAUGCCCCCAACUCCCCGGACGCAUCCCAACACUGGGAAGCACCCCCUGGCCAGCCCCAGAGGCACCAUUUACCUGGGGAGCAUGCAGCCAGGGCUGUUGCAACAAACAGCCGUACAAGCCUUUGGGAGGUGGAGACAUGAGAGGGCAUCUGAGGAGGGAAGGAAGGAAAGAGGCCAUUGUUGCCCACGGCACCCCUGACCAUCAUUCAAAGCACCCCAGGGUGCCAUGGCACACUGGUUGAAAACCACUGCCUUAAAACAAUCUUUCUAUUCAGGGGUGAGCAAACUUUUUCAGCAAAGGCCGGUCCACUGUCCCUCAGACCUUGUGGGCGGCCAGACUAUAUUUUGGAAAAAAAUAUAUGAACAAAUUCCUAUGCCCCACAAGCAACCCAGAGAUGCAUUUUAAAUAAAAGGACACAUUCUACUCAUGUAAAAACAGCUGAUUCCCAAACCGUCCGCAGGUCGGAUUGAGAAGGCAAUUGGGCCACGUCCAGCCCCCGGGCCUUAGUUUGCCUACCCAUGUUUCGAUUCUUCCUCUUGCUGCUGUAGCAAAUCGGAUUGCCGUUCUCUAUCCCCACAUGGCAGUCUUCCACAGCUAAGACAGAAUUUCUAGCAGUUCUGUCUAGCAUCUCUUAAGUUUCCAUUUUGAAGAGUGACUGUUGUCACUUUCCUUGUGCCUGUGGUUUUAAACCAACCUCAGGGUAAACUCUGACAGGAAUUGAGAGGCCUCCAAACACAACCAACCAACCUCUGGACCCCUUAAUCUCAAUAAAAAUAAAUAUAAAUAAAAGGAUUUACUCAUACGAUGCUGACAAAAAAGACCUACACUAACCCUAUGCAACAGAAAGAACAAUACAGAAAGAAUAAGAAUCUCUCGCUCCUUUCUCUUUUUUCCCCAACUGCAAGAUUUCUACGACAACAGUGUCUCACUGUGUGUAAACGAAAUGUGAAAAAGACUCAGUGAAUGACAGUGUGUACAAGAGAUGUACUUUUCCCUAUUUGUUUGUUUUGUAAGACAAAUCUUUAAUAAAAACUUUUUUAAAGGGUGGGAUAAUAUCAAAGUUGAAAUACCAAACGUCAGAAGGUGUGUUAUACAGAGUUAUGCCAUUAAAACAAGAACUAGAAUAUAGCAGGCAUCCCUCUUCCUUCCAUUUAUUUUGUUUUAAUGCGGUCUAGGACUUUUUCCCCCUCCAAGUAAAUUUUUAUUAUUUUCUUUACAUAUUCUUUUCCCAACAAUCCUUAUUGUUACCAUAUGUUCCCUUUGACUCUGCCGAGUCUUGACUUCCCUAUCUCCCUGCAAUUGGUAUAUUUAUCCCAAUCUUAUCGCGCACAUUAUUCUUAUAUCACUACUGUUUUACACUGAAGGCAUUAUUCCAGUCCUGCUAGUGUCUUUACGUUUUUACAGUUCUCCUUUAAAUAUUCAAUAAAUUCACUCCAAUUGUAAUGCGGUCUAGGACUUUGGGCCGGAUGGAGGGCUGCUAACUUUUUUUUCUGGUUUUGUUUUCAGGUUUGAGGAGAGAGAGGCAUUUGAGACACCAGUGGUUUUUUCUGUUGCUUUGCACUGGAGGGCCUGGGAAUUCAGCGAUGUGAUCCCCUUUCUGGACCACGUCAUACAGGAAUUCAAAUGUAAGGGGAAACAGCUGCAAGGAUUUUGUGCUGGCUGUGAUUUUGGUCCAGGUCUGCGUGUGGCGAGGAGUAAAGUCCUUUCUAACGUUGCCGGGGCCAGGACAAUUGAGAAGGCAACCCUUGUCCAUUAGCGGAAUGGGCUCUGCUCAACAUUGCACCUGCAACCUCAGCCCAUAAUUUUUUUUCUUCAGAAUUGUUUUGAAAUAUUCUUCAGUUCAUAUUUCCAGUCAGCGUUCAAAGUGUGGUGCUGAAUCACUUUUCCUUUUUUUAAAAAAAUAAUAUUUAUUACUUUUCCAACAAUUUAAACAUUACAAAAAAAGAAUAUACAAUACAAUACAAAAACAAUACAUAACACUAACACAUUAAACAAACAAAACAAAACAAAACAAAAACAAUUUAAAACACAUCAAACAGUUUCAAUAUCUUAUCUUUCAUUCACUUAUUUCAGUGACCUCCUCACACCUCCCUUUUUGUAUUCCACUUCUGUUAAUUGUUUCAGCAAUUCCUUUCCAUCUUCCUCUGUUUUCUAUCCCUGAAUCUCUUUUCCUUUUCUUUCCCCAGACACCCUAACAUCUGAUCUGAAAUAUCUGCAGAAAGGUAAACUGUGAGGUUUGAUAAAGAACUUGCUUGCAUUUCGCUGCAGUUUGGUGGGACGGGGAUGGGGGACUCUGGAACCAUUAACAGACCAUUUAUGAGUAGUGGGGAAGUUAUGAUGGAGGAGUUUUCUGCCAACUCUUUAUUCCCCCAUCCCUGCUUUUAAAUAAGACUUUGAAUCAUAGUGACCAGCUAGAUGUCUCUCAGAAGCCCAGAAUCAGGGCAUGAAAGCAAUUUCCCUCCUCAGUUGCUACUCCUCAGCAUCCAGCUCUCAAAUGGUCAUUUCCGGCAAGUACCAUAUUUUUCGCUCUAUAAGACGCACCAGACCACAAGACGCACCUAGUUUUUGGAGAAGGAAAACAAGAAAAAAAUAUUCUGAAUCCCAGAAGCCAGAACAGCAAGAGGGAUCACUGCGCAGUGAAAGCAGCAAUCCCUCUUGCUGUUCUGGUUUCUGGGAUAGCUGCGCAGCCUGCAUUCACUCCAUAACGCGCACACACAUUUCCCCUUACUUUUUAGGAGGGAAAAGGUGAGUCUUAUAGAGCAAAAAAUACAGUAAAUAGCUCCUCCAGGUAGCCAGGCAAGGACUGUUCAUUGCAGCCUAACCUUCAGCAAUCAGCAGACAUACAGUGGUACCUCAGGUUACAUACGCUUCAGGUUACAGAUUCCACUAACCCAGAAAUUGUGCUUCAGGUUAAGAACUGUUUCAGGUUAAGUACGGACCUCCAGAACAAAUUAAGUACUUAACCUGAGGUACCACUGUACUGAAGAGUUUUUAAAACUUCAUGAAUAUUAAUAAAAGUAUAACAAUCUACCAUUUAAAAAAUUAUGUGCUUUACUAAAUCCCAUCUUUCAUUUGCUUCAAUGUGCAGUUUUGAGAUGAGAGUGCUGAUGCCCAAAAAACUAGUUGUGAAACAUACAAAAUACCAUAAUAAUAAUAAUAACAAGCAUCUAAAUGCAAGGCUCAGACCCUGGACUCAGCUACAUUAUUCAAAAUACAGCUAUUUGAAUGCACUAUAAACAUGCAAAACAAACCUUUCUAUAGCACUUUCACAUAGGGUUUAAACAUUUUUGUUCCAAUGAUUUCAUUUCUAACUUAUUUAUAGUGGGCUUUUUCCUGUGUGUCGAUCCACCCCAAUUGUCCCUUGCUGAAUCAAAACUAUUCUCAAACCAUACCAUACAACAGGUGUUCCCUGCUGGCUACUCACUUGCCUGUACUUAAGUGCCAUGAUGUAUUUAUUUUUUUACAGUAACAAUCCUGGGUUAUGGUUAACAGGAAGCUGUGUUUUCCUGCCCUACUACUAGAAAUCUUCUUGUUCAAAUGUGGGCAAAUUCCAGAAGAAAGAAGAGCAUCUCUAUCUUUAAUGUAACUUCUGGAUCAUUGUUCCCCAAACUUGAGUUUCCAUCUGUUAUUUUUUUGGACUACAAUUCCCAUAAUCCUUGACCACUGGUCUUGCUAGCUAUGGAUGAUGGGAGUUGUAGUCCAAAAGCAGCUGGAGACCCAAGUUUGGGAAACACUGGUCUCGAGUUUCUACUGAUUUUUAGGGUGGCAGGAAAGCAAUUCCUGGGAAGCUUCUAACCUGGGGGGUCUUGAUCCUUCUCCCAGUUUGGGAAUGUUGUGGGUCGCAGGAGGGACUAUAUGGAUUCAAUAUUAUCCUUCCUAACUCACCUUAGUGAGUUUAUUCAUACAGCAGAGUACAUUUCCCUCUUUACACAGCAGGAAGCUAGUUGCAGAUUCGUUAGAAUCUCUUAAGUUCUAUUAUUCCUGGUAAAGACCCCUUUGAUUCCCUCCUGAAAGAAUACAGACACAACAGUCUUCUUUUAAAAGUAAUAAGAAUUUUACUCACAUUCAGUUCACAGUUGGAUCCCUGAAGGCAGACUUUAGCUUAUAGUUAGAGACAGUGUGGCUUACGUCCUCGUAAGGAUGGGCCCAUGUGCUGCUGACUGAGAGGCAGCAGUGCAGUCCAUGAGGAGAAAAGGCAUCAAAAGAGGAAGGUGGCUGCGUGACUGGACCUUUUGUGGGGUCUGGAAGGGCCACGCCCACCUACCUGGUCACAUGCAAAGGAAGGAUGCUCCAGACCAGGUGUAACAGGAAGUUCAACUGGCUGGACCAACAUUCCCCUGCAUGUCCACUCUAGGCAAACAGGAAAUAAUAAUAAUAAUAAUAAUAAUAAUAAUAAUAAUAAUGUUGUUUAGUCGUUUAGUUGUGUCCGACUCUUCAUGACCCCAUGGACCAGAGCACGCCAGACACUCCUGUCUUCCACUGCCUCCCGCAGUUUGGUCAGACUCAUGCUGGUAGCUUCAAGAACACUGUCCAACCAUUUCAUCCUCUGUCGUCCCCUUCUCCUUCUGCCCUCCAUCUUUCCCAACAUCAGGGUCUUUUCCAGGGAGUCUUCUCUUCUCAUGAGGUGGCCAAAGUAUUGGAGCCUCAGCUUCAGGAUCUGUCCUUCCAGUGAGCACUCAGGGCUGAUUUCCUUCAGAAUGGAUAGGUUUGAUCUUCUUGCAGUCCAUGGGACUCUCAAGAGUCUCCUCCAGCACCAUAAUUCAAUAAUAAUAAUAAUAAUUUAUUAUUUAUACCCUGCCCACCUGGCUGUGUUUCUCCAGCCACUCUGGGCGGCUUCCAACAAAAUAUUAAAAUACAACAACCUAUUAAACAUUAAUAGCUUCCCUAAACAGGGCUGCCUUCAGAUGUCUUCUAAAAGUCUGGUAGUUGUUUUUCUCUUUGUCAUCUGGUGGGAGGGCGUUCCACAGGGCGGGUGCCACUACCGAGAAGGCCCUCUGACUGGUUCCCUGUAACUUGGCUUCUCGCAGCGAGGGAACUGCCAGAAGGCCCUCUGCGCUGGACUUCAGUGUCCAGGUAGAACUAUGGGGGUGGAGACGCUACUUCUGGUAUACUGGACCGAGGCCAUUUAGGGCUUUAAACCCUAAAUUUAAACCAACACUUUGAAUUGUGCUCAGAAACGUACUGGGAGCCAAUGAAGAUCUUUCAGGACCGGUGUGAUACGGUCUCGGCGGCCACUCCCAGUCACCAGUCUAGCUGCCGCAUUCUGGAUUAAUUGCAGUUUCCAAGUCACCUUCAAAGGUAGCCCCAUGUAGAGCGCAUUGCAGUAGUCCAAGCAGGAGAUAACUAGAGCAUGCACCACUCUGGCAAGACAGUCUCUGGGCAGGUAGGGUCUUAGCCAGCGUACCAGAUGGAGCUGGUAAACAGCUGCCCUGGACACAGAAUUGACCUGCACCUCCAUGGAUAGCUGUGAGUCCAGAAUAACUCCCAGGCUGCGCACCUGGUCCUUCAGGGGUACAGUUACCCCAUUCAGGACCAGGGAGUCCCCCACACCAGCCUGCCCCCUGUCCCCCAAGAGCAGUACUUCUGUCUUGUUGGGAUUCAACCUCAAUCCAUUAGCUGCUGUCCAUCCUCCAACCGCCUCCAGACACUCACACAGGACCUUCACCGCCUUCGCUGGUUCUGAUUUAAAGAUGCCCCAGACCAGGUGUAACAGGAAGUUCAACUGGCUGGACCAACAUUCCUCUGCAUGUCCACUCCAGGCAAACAGGAAAUGUUGUAUUUGACUGCUUAUGUUACCUCCCACACCCAGCUGGCUCUGAUUCUAUUCUCUUCCGCUUGUCUCCCCCUAACUCCGAUAGCAAGAGUGACUCUGGAUCCAGUCACAGCUCACCCCCAGCUCCUUCUGUCUGAGGACUGCCUGAGUGUGACGUGCGCCGAUGUUUGUCAAGAGGUGCCCGACCACCCGCAGAGAUUCAAACAACUGACUGCUGUGCUGGGACGAGAGGGGUUUAGAACAGGCAGGUUCACCUGGGAGGUCACUGUGGGGAAUGAGGGAGAAUGGGCUGUGGGGGUCGCCAAAAGUACCGUGAAGAGACAGGGCGCAUUUAGCUUUACGCCCAUGGAAGGGAUCUGGGCUAUGGGGAGGUGGGGAGGUCAGUACAGGGUCCUCCACGACCGUCAUUACCACCUGCCCCUAAAUGGGGAUCUGCGGAGGAUCCGAGUGACUCUGAACUGCACCGGGCAGCGAUUGGCCUUCUUCGACGCCGAGAGAGGAAAUGCUCUCGUUGGUUUCACGGAAGCUUCGUUCUGCGGAGAGCUGCUGCUGCCCUUCUUUUGGCUUCAGGAAAGGGCCAGCCUCACACUCUCUCCCUAGAGCAGGCAAGACAGAGCAGGCACCGAGAACAAAAAUAUUUCACACCUGACCAAUAGGUGCCUAUUACAAGGGGACGAGGCAAAAGGGGUAUUGUUUGUUUUCAAGUGACUUGAGAGAAACCCACGAAGCGUUUGGGUCACUUUCCGGAAAGAUUGGGAAGGAGGUCCACCUCAAAGGGGACCCAAAGGGGCGAAAUACUACUCUACAGGACAAAAUGGUCGCCUCUUCAACCAUUCCCAGGUAAUUCCCAAUAUGGAUCCCCACCAAAUUCAGCUUGGAUUUCUCAGUGCAAUUUAUAUGCCCCAAAGGCUGUCUUACUUGGGAAAGCAACUCCAAGAUUUUCUUUUGGUGGAGGGGUUGACUUUAAAACAACUGGGUGUGACUAUUACGAAAGCGGAAAUAUUCCAAUUUAUGUCGUUUUUUUCUGAAAAGAAUAGUUGUUUGUUCAGAGAAACUUCUUGCAUUAUAUUUUUUUAAAAGGGUAUUGUACUGGGGCACAUAAAUCCGUUUUUUGUUCUUGUGUUAAUGGUUUUUCUUGCUCUUGUAUAUCUCUUAAGAAACAGACCAGCCCCAGUUGUGUAUGUAUGUUCAGCUCUUUAUAGAAAAGAAGGUGUUCUUCCUUUCCACUAUAAAUGUAUUUAUACUGGUCGUAUAAAAAAAAAAAUAGCACAACCAAACCAUGCUAAAAUAAAAUGGCAUAAAAGUUACAGAGCA